CAAACAGCUUAAUGUCAAUGUGUACUACGGACGAGUCGGUCGUGUCCGGCAGACAUAAGCCAUGUUUAAAAACUUAUAGAUAACCCUCGGAUGACCGGUCAAAGUUAUCAGUUAUACUCUGUGUUAGUUCAUCACAAGAAUGGAUAAGUUGUGGGUUGCAUUAUGUGGAACAUGUUUGUUUGUGUCCAUUUCAGCACUCAAGGCUUGCAACGGUGACGCAGUCUGUUUGCCCAUAAAUGAAUGCAAAUUGGCUUAUGAAAAUAUAAAAGUCCCAAAUAUUCAGGACGUUUUAAGAAAAACAUCUUGCGGCUUUGAGAACAAUGUACCGCACGUUUGCUGUCCCCCAGCAUUUAUAAACUUCGGUAGAGAUAACUUACUGCCAAACAUUUCGGUAUGCGGUAUUCAAACUGACGAAAGGAUCUAUGGAGGUGAUAAGACCGAUAUUGAUGAACAUCCGUGGAUGGCAUUACUGCGAUAUGACAAACCAAAGGGGAGCCACGGUUUUUAUUGUGGAGGAGUUUUAAUAUCAUCGCGCUACAUUCUGACCGCUGCACAUUGUAUCAAAGGAGCUGAUAUACCACCAAAUUGGAAACUGAGUCAAGUGCGUCUUGGUGAAUGGAAUUUAACGAGCGAUGUGGAUUGUCGAAGUAAUGACUGCAGCCUCCCGGUCAUGGAUGUACCGAUAGAGAAACUCAUCCCUCACGAAGAUUAUAAGCCAAGAGAUGGGAAUCAACAAAAUGAUAUAGCUCUUAUCCGGUUGCAAAGAGAGGUGAAAUUUAAUGAUUUUGUAAAGCCUAUUUGUUUACCCAUCACACAAGAACUCCGAGGUAAUUCCUAUGAAGGUUGGGAUAUGGAAGUAGCAGGUUGGGGGAAAACGGAAAAUAGAUCUAUGUCCGACGUAAAAUUGAAAGUGAAACUACCAAUUGUGAGUCACCAAGAGUGUACAGAGGUGUAUGCUUCGGCGUCACGCCUCAUUACGGAUAAACAACUGUGCGCUGGAGGUUUGGAUGGUCAGGAUUCCUGCCGUGGAGACUCUGGUGGGUCCCUUAUGGGACAGGCGACGAAGAAGAAAAUCUGGUUCGCCUUUGGGGUCGUCUCUUAUGGCCCUUCACCGUGCGGGACACCAGGUUGGCCUGGAGUCUACACUAGAGUAACAGCAUUUAGCGAUUGGAUCCUAUCAAAGCUUGAAGCGUAAUUUUAUAGCGUUUUUAUGCCACUACAAGAUGGCGCUUACCUACCACGCCAGCGAUUUUAUUACUACAUAAAUAUAUGUAUAAAAUGUGAUUGUUAUAAAAAUACUCACAAUAAAGUGCCAUUAUAUAAUUGUUAUAUAAGGUUUUACUUCAUAUGUAUUAUUAUUGAUGAUUUUUUUAGGAAAAUUCAAGGGUUUUUAAAAUUUUUGUUUAGUUAAUAUAACAUAAAAUAUAGUAUAACAGUCUUAUUAAACUGUAACAAUUUCUCAUUUUAUUACAAAAAAUAAAUAGAUCUAAUGUA